AAAUAACUGAAGAUCAGAAAGUGAAUAGUUUCAUCUCAACCAACUUCACUGUUCACAGUUCACAGUUCACACCACAAAAAAUAGCAGCAAGUAAGAGAGAGAAAGAGUGAGGAGAGAGAAAAUGAGCGGAGCAGGGAAGACGGUAUGUGUGACCGGAGCAUCUGGUUACAUCGCUUCAUGGCUAGUUAAGCUUCUUCUUCAGCGCGGUUACUCUGUUCGAGCCACCGUUCGUGAUCCCAAUAAUCCGAAGAAAGUUGAGCACUUGCUUUCUCUAGAUGGAGCUAAGGAGCGACUUCACUUGUUUACUGCAAACCUGUUGGAGGAGGGAUCUUUUGAUGCUGCUGUGGAGGGUUGUGACGGUGUUUUUCACACUGCUUCUCCCUUCUACCAUGAUGUUAAAGAUCCAGAGGCUGAAUUGCUUGAUCCUGCUGUGAAGGGAACACUUAAUGUUCUCAAUGCCUGUGUAAAAGUCCCAUCAAUAAAAAGGGUGGUGCUGACAUCUUCAAUGGCAGCGGUUGCUUACAAUAGCAGACCUCGAACUCCGGAAGUGGUGGUUGAUGAAACCUGGUUUACUGAUGCAAAUCUCAGUAGGGAAACAAAGAUGUGGUAUGUGCUCUCUAAAACUUUGGCUGAGGAAGCAGCAUGGAAGUUUGUGAAAGAGAAGGGCAUUGAUAUGGUGACUAUAAAUCCGGCAAUGGUUAUUGGACCACUGUUGCAGCCAACACUCAACACAAGUGCUGCUGCAAUAGCGAAAUUAUUUGGUUCUGAAACUUAUAAAAACAUGACUCUUGGUUGGGUACAUGUUAAUGAUGUUGCCAUGGCACAUAUCCUGGCACUUGAAGUCUCUUCAGCUGAAGGAAGAUACUGCUUAGUUGAAAGCACUGCGCAUUAUGCAGAUAUUGUGAAGAUUUUGAAAGAGCUUUAUCCGAAUGCCAAACUCCCUGAAAAGUGUGAAGAUGACAGUCCUUUGAAGCCAUUAUACCAAGUCUCGAAGAAGAAAACUCAAAGUUUAGGCAUUGACUAUAUUCCUCUCAAAACAAGCGUCAAGGAGACUGUUGAAAGCCUGAAGGAGAAGGGGUUUGUCAGCAUUUAAGUUACACAUGAAAUCAAUAGCUAGUUUUUAAUAAGAGGCUUUUGAUUGAUUUUUGUAUGUGUUGGUGGGUCAUGUUGCUUAUGCAUGACUUUAGCAAGUACCCCCAGAUAUUAUUCUCAAACCAUGUCUUAAAACUUUUUAUACAUUUAUAAUAAGGGUUACUCUAUAUUACUUCAUAUUUGACUUAACAUCCUCACCAUACACGGAUCACGGAUGUAUGUCAUCUGGUUAUAUAUAUUCGGAGUAGCUUCAUGGCUAGUAAAUGCUACUGUUCGCGAUCCAAUUA